UAUAAAGAAUAAACAAUGUCUCUCUCUCUCCGUAUGCAUACAGUUGUUCCAGGAGCCGCAACUGUCAUCAUCAUGGUGUGCGUGGGUUUCUUGGUUGUCAUGGUGAUUCUCGGUGUCUUUCGCAUCCGUUCCAUCCACCGCCGUGGUGAAGGAGCAAGAGGUGGAAGCAAAGAAGGCAGUAACCAAUGGGACGAUUCAGCCCUCACCAUCAUCGUGAACCCAAUGGAGACAUAUGAGAACCGCAUGGGAAUUGCAACAGAUAUGGAAGGAGAGUGUGACGACGAGGAAGAGGUAGUGGAUUCGCCCGACGAUACCAGUGACGACCAACGAAUCAUCAUCAAGAAAGAGGGAAGAGACUCCGCCCCCAGACGCUACUGAGCCAAUUAGCCACACCCACACACUAAAACACCACCCACUCAUUUGAAACACAGGAAUAUACAAACACACACAGAUGCACCAUCAAAGAAAAUGCAAAGUGUCUAACACACCAGUGACACAAUUAUAGGAUAUCAGCCUCUGUGAAUGCUAUGCUUCUCUCUGGAAUGUACGCUCCCACAAUGCACAACGAAUUCCCUCUUUGCCACUCUCAACCCAGACCCCAAUAUAUAUUAAUGGCACAAUUUUAUUCAUUCAUCCUACAACUGUUCCAAUUGAUGUGCUCACAACACUUUAUCGAACAUAAUGAAAACACUAAUUGUCAACUCAUAUCAACUAAUUGACUCCGAAUGUUUCAGAUUACAGCCUUUUGUCAUUAAUAUGACGUCUAGUGCCCAGUACACCGAGUACAAAACCACUUCAGAAGCUGUAUUUCCUCUGCACAAUCUGUCUCUUGAUACAUUCCUUGAACAAAUUUACAUGUACAGAUAUAGAGGACUAGUCAGUAAAGGUGUUUCGUAAUAGUGAUAGACUCCUGCUAGGUAUGCAAGUGCUUUCUUUUAAGCAUCCCAAUGCACACACACACACACACACACACACACACACACAAAUCUGUACACCUCUUCUCACAACCUCACGAAAAACACAGUACAGUGCAAUGCCCUCUGCUGUAUCAGAAUGUUAGCUCAACCUGGGCAGUUUUGAUUGUACUUAAAUGUAUGUAAAUACAAAUGACUACUACUAUUAAUCUCAUUUUUUGUUGUUGGUUCCAUUAUUUUCGCUCAUUCUUGGUCUUUGCACUUUCAGAUAGGCUAGGUAUUUUUUUCUAAUAUCUCUAUUGGUAAUAUCCAGUGAUACUGACAAUAAUAGUAUUAGUAAUAAGAGCGGUAAUGAUUGGCUUGAUGAAUGUCUAUUUAUUUGUGUGUUCAGUUGUGUAAUUUAAAAUUCACAGUGGAACAGAAAGGCAAAUUAUUGUUAUGCCUACAACACUUUUCACCUCUGCCAUCAUCCUCCCUCUCUCUUUUCUUCCCUGUCCUUUCUCUAUCCGUACACUCUUUAGAUACUGCCACUGCUUUUUUGGUUUCUGAACGUUCAACUGUGCCACCCUUUCCUUCUUCCAGCUCGCACUCCUCCUCUCUUUUUCCUGUGACUAUUUCUCUGUCUGUGUUAGUGUACAGUGGAAACCUGUCAGUAAAUAAAGGCCUGUUGUUUUUGCAGUGUGAUAUUAAGAAUGGAUAAAUUUGCAUUAAUAAGCUAUAUUAUUACAAUGGUUACCAUUGGGACAAUUAACUAUACUUAUAGACACAAUGACAUGGAUUAUAUGGAUUGAUUGUUAUUGAUAACCGUCUGAAGAAAUAAUAUGUUCAAAAAUUCAUAAUAAAAACACACGGAUGAUGUUA